AACUUUCCUUGCGCCUCAAUUGCACGGAACAUAUCUAAUAUAAUUCUACUUUUUAAGAAUCGAAGAAAUCACUUCUCUAGUCAAAUAGCUUUUCUUCAAUUUUGUGUUUCUUCCAUCUCAUCACAUAAUGUUCCGCCCUCAACGACUCACAGCUCGACUGUACCUGCGCUCAGUACGAUGGAAUUCAACUAGCAGCCCAUCUCCGCCGCCUUUGAUGGCCAAAAUCAGGACCGACCUUAAGGUUGCUAUGCGUGCCAAAGAUACAGCGAGGUUGAACGUUCUGCGCGCCAUCAUUUCCGAAACGAAUAACUCCUUGAAGACCUCAUCGCCGAUCCAAACCGACUUGCAACUUUUAUCAUUGAUUCGGAAGCGUAUGACAGGCGCAAAAGACGCGGCGCAACAAUUCGCUGCCGACAACCGGCCCGACCUGAAAGAGUCUGAGGAAAAGAACGUCACGAUUUUGGAAGAGUAUGCAAGCCAGGUGGAGACAAUGAGCCUAGAUGAUGUCAAGCAGAUUGUGGCACAGGAGAUCUCAAGGUUAAAGGAGGCUGGCCAGAAGGUCGAGAUUGGGACAUUACUCAAAUCACUGUUUGCCCCCGGAGGUGCCUUAGACGGCAAGGCAGCGGAGAGAUCAGAAGUCGCCAAGGUUGCUAGAGAGGCGGUUUCUGCCCUCUAAAGAUAUGAACCGAGUGGUGUGUAUAUUAGCUACUGUAUAACUGUAAAUUUACUUCACUCCAAUGGUGGCAUAGAGCUAAGGUCAGGUUCCUUUUGGUGAAACGUGCCCA